AUAUAGCUUCACACCCCCUCUCAAUUUUUCUGUCAGACUUUUCUUCACUCACUUUCUUUUCACAUAACAAAUAAACUCAUAAAAAAACUUUUUUAUUUUCAUACCAUCAUUUAUUAUUUUUUUUCAAAUUACUACUAUAUGAUGGCUGCUUUUUCUUCAUACCAAUAUCACCCUAAUUUUCUUCCUCUUGACUCUACAUUCUUCCAAAACCUAAACACAACAACAACAACAACUAGUGUUCCUACUCUUCAUCAACAUCAUCAUCAUCAAGAAGAAGGGUUCUCUGAUUUCAAUAAUAAUACUAUAAGCUGUGUUGAUCAAAUAAGCUCUUGCAACAAGGUUUCAUUCAUAAGUAAUAGUGACAAUGAGCCUUCAAAUGUUUCUGUCACUACAAGAAACAACCUUAGUCCUCAAUCUUCCAUGGUAGUUGAUAAGCUUGAAAUUGGUGAACAAGUUACUCAAAAGGUCACUACUAUGGAGAGGAAGAGAAGAACUAGACAUGGAUCUUCUCCCAUCACUACUAAUCCCCAAUCUAAGGAUGGAACAACAAGGAAGAGAAUGAGGAAGAGCAAUAAUAAUAGUGGCGGUGUGGUGAAGAAUAAAGAAGAUGAGAAAGCAAAAGAUAAUAAUAAUAAUAAUAAUAAUAAGAAAAAAGAUAGUAAUGAAGAAGAGGAGCCACCAAAAGGGUAUAUCCACGUCAGAGCAAGAAGGGGUCAAGCUACUGAUAGCCACAGCCUUGCUGAAAGGGUGAGAAGAGAGAAAAUAAGUGAAAGGAUGAAGAUGUUACAGCGGCUUGUGCCAGGCUGUGAUAAGGUGACUGGGAAGGCCCUUAUGUUGGAUGAAAUAAUCAAUUAUGUUCAGUCUUUACAGAAUCAAGUAGAGUUCUUGUCAUUGAAGCUUGCUUCGGUGAGUCCUAUUUUCUAUGACAUGGCAACAGAUCUAGACACUACUCUCUUGGUUAGACCUGAGAAAUAUAAACAUGUGCUUUUUUAUUAA